AUGGCCUACGACGCGCCACGACCUUAUCGGCCACAAGAGCUCAAGAGCCCCGAGGCUCCCGCCGGCACAAAGAGCUACGACUCGCUGCGCCCGCCGCCCUCGGUCACGCAGUGGUCCACACCGGGCUCGUCGGGCUACUCGUCGCCAGCAGGGAGCAGCGUCGCGCUCGGCAGCGGUGGGAGCGGCGCGCCGAGCUCGCGCGGGGCGCAGCAGGCGGGCGAGCGGCGCUACGGGGCAGGGGGCGCUGCGGCGGGACCGCCGGCGCAUCCGAGUGUGCUGCAGAAGCGGGAGCGCGGCACCAAGCACGAGGCGCUUGACUUGGGAGGAACGGGCUAUAUCGGGCAGAAGGAGGACCCUCGGCUGCGGCGGAAACGCAUCACCCUGAUCGUCAUCUCGGGCCUCGUCGUGUGCGCCAUCAUCGCGCUCGUCGUCGUCGGGUGCAAGGGUCUGCUCUGA